AUGGUUGAUCGAGUAAGACAGCGAGCCGAACAGACCGCCGCCCCGAAUCGGGAAACGGCGGCCAUGUUGGAAGCCGUUUCGGGCACCGAUGCUCGAAAAGUAUUGUUCGCACUCUGCAGGGAGGAUGAGCGGGUCCGCCGGCGAGCCGUUGACCUGUUGCAGAAGAUGCCAAGAACGGAUGUCUGCGCCAACUUUAAGGAGAAGUUUGAUGUCAACAGGAACGCUCCUGAUGCAUGUCGUUACCACCCUGGAGAUUUUGAAUUGGACGAAGAUCUAGAGGUCUGGGAAACGAUCGACGACAUGGGACAGUUUUACGAAAUGGACAGCGAAGAAUCUCGAGCUGAUGUUUCAGAGGGCUUUAGAUGGAGCUGCUGCCAACGCGUGGGCGACGUGGAAGGUUGUCAAGAGGAGCAACACGUGGCCGUAUUGGAAUACAGCCCUUUGACAAUGAGGGAUUUCGUUGAGGGUAAAAGGGCGGAACCUGAAGUGGAGAUUCUAGAAGAGGGAAGUCGUGACAAACGCAAGGCAGAGGAGGAUAUCAUCGGCAUUGCGCAAAAGGUCAAAACGGGGCCUUGA